GUGUGCAACAAACUUGACGAGUCGCGUCUCGUAAGGGACGCUUUUAUAUCCCGACCGCGUGGUGAAUAUCGGCCAAUGUGUGCACGAUCACACACUCAGUGUCAGCCAGCGUGUCGCUAACUGUCCGGUGUGAUCGCGAAUUCGCGUUCCCUCGCUCACAGUGCCUGCAAUCGCGACACAACGAGGAUGUCGGUGAGCUACGCUAGAAUGAAGGCGUGCUACGAGGCGUCUUCGCCGACGACGACAGCAAUGACUACGAGCACGACAACAACCACGACGACCACGACAACGAGCAGCUCGUCCAGACGGGCCGGUUCGGAACAAGACUGGCAAAUGCAGCUAGCCUUUUGUAAGCCUCGUCAUAAUGGCACCAUCGAAGGCGUAAAUUACAUCAGUCAAACCUGGCGGAUGAAAGAGCGGAUGAAGACGGUGAGCGUGGCCCUGGUAUUGUGUUUGAACGUCGGCGUCGAUCCGCCUGACAUCGUCAAGACGCAACCCUGUGCGCGACUCGAGUGCUGGAUAGAUCCUCUGUCAGUGAGCCCUCAGAAAGCUCUCGAGACCAUAGGCUCGAAUCUGCAGAAGCAGUACGAACGGUGGCAACCGAGAGCACGCUACAAACAGAGUUUAGACCCAACUGUUGAGGAAGUUAAAAAACUGUGUACGUCUUUAAGACGUAAUGCCAAGGAGGAGAGAGUCCUGUUUCACUACAAUGGUCACGGGGUGCCCAAACCUACCACUAAUGGUGAAAUCUGGGUGUUCAACAGGACAUAUACGCAGUACAUUCCAUUGUCGGUUUACGACUUACAGACUUGGAUGGGUGCACCUAGUAUCUAUGUGUAUGACUGUUCUAACGCGGGUAUUAUUGUAGAAUCCUUUCAACAAUUUGCUGAUCAGCACGAGAAAGAAUACGAGAUGGAGAAACAGCAGAAUCGCGCGACAGGUGUGGCAGGUCCCGCGGCACCGUGCUACAAGAACUGCAUCCAAUUGGCGGCAUGCGCGGCCAAUCAGAUCUUGCCGAUGAAUCCAAAUCUACCCGCGGAUAUAUUUACAUCAUGCCUCACGACGCCGAUAAAAAUCGCGAUACGUUGGUUCGCGAUGCAGAGCACGGCCAAUUUGGUUCCCAACAUAUCGCUUGAUCUCCUCGAUAAAAUUCCCGGACAGUUGACCGAUAGGAGAACAAUGUUGGGCGAGCUUAAUUGGAUAUUCACCGCCAUUACCGACACAAUAGCGUGGAACACUUUACCAAGAGAUCUGUUCCAAAGGUUAUUCAGGCAGGAUCUGUUGGUUGCUAGUCUCUUUAGGAAUUUCUUAUUGGCUGAGAGAAUACUUCGCUCUUACGAUUGCACACCGGUCUCCUGCCCGAAAUUACCGCCCACUUAUCAGCAUCGUAUGUGGCAAGCUUGGGACAUGGCGCUCGACCUGUGCUUGGCACAGUUGCCGACGGUUCUGGACAAUGAGGAUCGUUACGUGCACUCGUCGUUCUUCGAGGAUCAGCUCACGGCGUUUCAGGUGUGGCUCACUCUGGGCUCGCAGAGUCGCAAUCCGCCCGAACAACUUCCGAUAGUCCUUCAAGUAUUGCUCAGCCAGGUUCAUAGACUGAGAGCGCUGGAGCUGUUGGGGCGUUUCCUCGAUCUCGGUCCGUGGGCGGUGAAUUUAGCACUCAGCGUGGGAAUCUUCCCGUACGUCUUGAAGUUGUUACAAAGCAACGCCAGGGAGCUUCGGCCGUUGCUCGUUUUCAUCUGGGCGAAGAUCCUGGCGGUGGAUAACACCUGUCAAGCGGAUCUCGUGCGCGACGGUGGCCAUAAAUACUUCUUGUCGGUGCUGCAGGAUACCUCUACUCCGAGCGAGCACCGAACAUUAGCGGCAUUCGUACUGGCCAGUAUCGUGAACGAUUACCGGCCGGGUCAGGUGGCCGCGAAUCACGGUAACCUCGUAUCGAUAUGUCUGGAGCAACUGAACGACACGAACCCGUUACUACGGCAGUGGCUGUGCUUGUGUUUGGCGCGGCUUUGGCACAAUUUCGAUAAAGCAAGAUGGUGCGGCGUCAGGGAUAUUGCUCACGAGAAGCUUUUCAAUUUACUGAAGGAUCCCGUACCAGAGGUUCGGGCGGCUAGUGUAUAUGCAUUGGGCACAUUUAUAAACAGCGUUACAACCAGAAGCGAGCACGCGAAUAAUAUCGAUCAAUUCAUAGCCAUGACUCUUAUCAAUACCGUGUCUCAUGACAUGUCUCCCUUAGUUAGAAAAGAAUUAGCAGUGGCUCUUCAAUGGAUGGUGCUGCAUUUCGAGAACUCCUUCGUGACACUAGCCUUGGCCGAGGAGCACAGUCGAAAGGACCUCAUUGUGGAAACUCUGUCUCCGUUCAGCGGCAUGAGGCGCAUUAGUUCGCGAGACAAGUUAAAAAUGCUGUCCCCCAAUAAUACGUACAGUAUAGACACGACCGACGGAUUCGGGCAAGAUCGCAUUAAGAGGGUGUCUUCCUCGUCGUCCAUUAGCAGUCUAGGUAAUAAUUGGGAGUUCGUGAGGAAACCUUGCGAGUCACUUGGUCACAGCUCACUCGGAAAUUUACCGAGUCUCUCCUACGGCAGCGUGUACAUGAAAUUGUGGCACGGUUUGUGCAGUCUUGACAACGAUCCUCAUCCGGUGGUCGGUGCUAUGUCUUACAAAGUUACCAAUCAUGUGCGUAACAAGAUGAAGGUAUCCUCGGCGCCAAAAGAAGUAACCGAAGCGAAAAUCUCAUCCUCGUUGUCUCUCCCGCCGUCUCCGUCGAAUCGAACUAGUUAUUUAAGUAAUAGCAAAGGAGAAUCACCACCGCCUGUUGUCAAUUCUGGAACGGACUUGUUGCGUUCUUCGAGAGCUUUGCCGCACAGUAGUCGCAAUAGGAAACCAGUUCCUAACACGAUAUCUGAAGAGACGGAUGAAGUGCCUGGAUUCAAGACGCCGUUGACUACCUCUCAGUUUGUGGAAUGGAGUUGCUCACAGUUUGCCCAGCCCGCUAGUUUGGAGGACGAGAUGGACGAUGUGGAGAGCAAGCCGUAUCUCGAGCGGGAGUGGCGAUUUAUACGCAACGAGAAGCAGAGGCACGACGCGAAGGAGCAACUGCGCACCCCGCAAAGUAAGGUGGAGUCGCAGGUGUGUCACGCGAGGUGUCCGCAGUCGCCCCAGAUCUUGGUCUUUCAUCCGUUCGAGUCGCAUCUGGCAGUAGCGCUGAAAGAUAGCUUCGGGGUAUGGGAUUACCAGAGCGGCUCGAGGCUGACGUACUGCGCGAGUCGCGGCAACAAAGGGAAGUCGCGCGUCACCGCACUGGAGUUCAUCAACGCUCACGACCUGAGUCUUCUGAUGGCCGGCUCCGACGACGGUUCCGUGAGAGUGUGGAAGAAUUACUGCGGCACGAUCAGUCCCGAUCCGGUUUUACUCACCGCUUGGCAGGCCCUAGCGGAUGUACAGCCCGCGACCAGAACUUCCAGUGGUGUGUAUUGGGAAAUAUCGGGACUGAAUGGGCAAACAAACAAAUGGAUAGACAGAAAAUUAUCACGGCAAAUUGCCCGUGACGUGUUUCCAGCGACGGCCGGAUUGGUCACGAAGUGGGAACAGAAGUCGCUCACUCUGGCGGUGACGGGCGACGUACGCAUUGUGCGGUUGUGGGACGCUGAAACCGAACUGAAGAAGCAAGACAUACCGACGGGCGCGGAGUGUUGCACCACUUGCAUCGACGUUGACGGCGCAGGCUCGAUUAUGGCACUGGGUUGCGGCGAUGGGUCGGUUAGACUGUUCGAUCGUCGAUUACCUCCCGCAGAAGCAAGAGUUAUGACAUGGAGGGAACACAGCGUCUGGGUUUUGGGAACGUUCCUCAAGAAGGAAUCCACGCCUCAGUUGUUCACCGGCUCUUCGUCGGGCGACAUAAAGAUUUUCGACCUCCGAAAAAAUUCCUCCGUGAGCACGAUUCAGAUAACACCGAGCAUCGCGGCACUGACGGCGCACGAAGCGGCCCAUAUUUUUGCUUGCGGCACUACGAAUCACUGCAUUAGCGUCUACAAUCACUCAGGCCAACACCUCAAUACGAUAAAAUUCCACGAGGGCUUUAUGGGUACGCGCAUAAGCCCUGUGAGCUGUUUGAAUUUCCACCCGCAUCGCGUGGCCUUCGCGGCCGGCUUCGUGGACAGUACUUUCACAGUGUACGAGUCGCGCAGAUGACCAUUAGAGAUGGAACACGUGUAAGGUCUUUGCAGAUUUUUGUAAAUUUAUAUAACGUUUUACGUGUAUUCACUUUCGCGUGCGUCUGUCACGAGUUUUACCGCUCUGACGAGAGAAAUUAGGGCUUCGCGUUCGCAUCGUGUUUUUCUGCGAGAGGACCGUGCUGUUAGUUCCUACGGUGAUUAGACAAUAGUCUGCUCCCCCCUCUCCUCACUCCCGUUAUUUUUGCUAGAAGACACGAUCUUACCUGUUACUUGUCGUGCAAAGGAUGAAUGGAAGGAAGGAAGGAAGGAAGGACGGAAGGACGGAAAGUAGUUGUUAGCUUUUGUGAUAAACAAGUACCGCAAGUAGAUUAACCAAAGUAUCUCGAGGUGACCAAAGAACAAUCCGAAGAUACGAUUAAUCAUCGGCAAGCAGGUAUGCACGUGUGUGUGUGUGUACAUGUGAGAAAGAGAGACCUCGACUUCCCUGCAUAAUGAAGUAGAAAUUGUCGCGAGGGAGACUUUGAGCUUUUCGAUUGAUAAACGCUUACGAUCUGUACCGGUGAAGUAAUCUCAACUGUUGUGCCAUGCAAUUUGCUUCAAGACGAAGCUACUAUAGGGAGAUUUUUACGCUGCGGAGAUAUUUUAACUACCGAGAAACAAUAGCACGCGCCCGAGUCGGCGCGAGCUUUAUUACGUACGUCUUGCUUCACGUGCAUUUUCAUCAACCUUGAGGCAGUUGACGUCAACGUUCACUGCGUUUCACGCUUUACUGUUAUUUCCCGAUGAUCUUGUCUAUUUCUCUGCUUUUUUUCUGUUAUUCCUUUUUGUCGUCAUGUUCCUGAUUAAUUAGGUGAUACAUGUAUAUGUUUUGAAAGAAAAAUUUUUUAAUUGUUACUGAUGUCGUACAAACUUAUAUAGGGAUACGUGUGAGAUAUGAUUACGCAUAAUCCGAUAAACGGUGAGAUUCAAAACGAAGCACAUUUGUUACGCAUUUGUGCGCCGAUUCCAAGUGGCAAUAUUAUAUGUACCUGCUGCACGUAAUAACUUCACGUGUAGUGUUCGCGGAUUAACGACGCAGAUGCAAUCACGCAAAACUUUCUAGAUAAGCAUAUAUGGUAUGUGUACACCUCUAAGUAAGCGAUGGACAAACAGCUGUCUGCAAAUUGCGACGUAUGUAUGUACGUGUGCGUGUGAGAGAGAGAGAGAGAGAGUAUUUUUGGUCCGAACGAAUUAAAUUAAAUUUUCAAAUGAAUAUGCGAUUAUUGUUUACGUACAAAUUCAUCCGACGAGAGCAGUUCUGCCCGCGUUAAAGCCAUGAUAUACGGGCUAUUUCGUUGCGCCGUCGAGUAGCGAGAUUAAGUAAAAGUAUUAUUGCAAUUAGCUGGUAUACCAAGCUCUCGUCGUAUACAUGCACGUGUAUAUAAGAGAGAUCGAGAGAUACGCUAGUGGGUCAUAUCACUAAUUGCGACGCGACCAAGUCGAUCGUAUAUCAUACAAUUACAACGAAACGUCGCGCAGUAGGGCCACAUUUACAUUGGAAAUAAUUUGAUAUGCUUUUCUUUGCCCCAACGUGCGUUACUAACAAAAGUAAUUUGUUGGUUUUGGUGUAUGAAGUUAAAUUGGCGAAUUGAGAUGUAUUUAUGUCGAGAUUGUCGCAAAGUACAUGGAUACUACACUGGCGCUGUUUAACGAUCGAUUUACAAGAGAGAGAUAAAUAUACAAUAUAAUCAUAAUUUAACCAUAAUUUCUACUAACUUCACUUGUACACGUAUACACGAGACAAUACGUCAAUAACAAAAUAUUUUGUUAUCAUUUUAAGUAAGCAAUCUUUAAUUAACGUAAUUAUUGUAAUUACUGUAAUUAACGAGAAGCCACCCGCGUUUGUUAAAGUUGUGCGAAAUAUUUAGAAGACACUGCGAGCUUCACACAUUGAACGGUAACGCGCGAUACUGAGAGAAAGAGAGAACAUCUCUGCGUUAUCGUGCGAUAUCAGCGAUUACGGCCACGAAUAAUAAUUGCAUGAUAGCGUCGGAUGAUAAUAAUGACGAUGAAUUAUAUACGAAUUAUAUAUUAUAUUAUUCGGUUACGUUGUUAAUUUAUUGACUUCCGCUCGCGAUCACUGUCGCUGCUAUUCGUAAAGUGCGUUUUCAGCCAAUAUUCGCGAGAACUGAGGGCGACCCCAGCUUCUUGAGCGAACGCGACCACCGACGGACAGACAGACGGACGGUUACUGUUGUGACGACAGACACAUUGUAAAUAUGUAUACAUAUAGGGAGCGCACCGAGAGAAGAUGAUGCACGCGCGGAAGACGUUCGCGCGGCUAACUUCUAUCUCUUUAUAUUAUACGAUAGUUUUAUCAUUGACGUCUCUAGGCGUGCUCGAUAAAGCGACCGGGAGAUUGAUGCGUGUGCAUUGUAGGAGCUAUUUCCGUUAAUUGCACAUGUAUACAGAUAGAGGCGAAGGAGCAGCGAGACGUACUUAAGCAUCAUCACCAUCGCCCGUUGAGCCGUGUGAAAACUGUGCAUUUCUUUGUAAUCAAGGCGAAGAUGAUCUCAGCAGUUCCCAGUUAUAUUCGGGAAGUAAAUUUUCCCACUCUCCGCAUUUCUCUGCGAGCUCACCGAGGGAGAAGAGCUUUGCAGUCCUUUGCCACCGACGUUUUUGGCGCAAUUGGAACAUGACGCGACAAAUGAUCCGAGCAUGAGGAAAGAGAAACGCACGGUGAUUAUAUACGUGAUUAUUACGACCAUCUGUAUCGGCAAGCCUAGACCGACUUCCCUAUGUAUUAUAUACAACUUGAUAAUCGCGUCGCUACAUUGUUAUUAGCUAGCAAUAAUAAAUGCCGGGGAUUCGCCAGCUGAUUUGUUACGGUAUGAGAGACGAGAGAGAGAGAGAGAGAGGCGAGUGACAACGUAUCGACUCGCGUUGUAUGCUAUUGUAAAUUUAUGUAAUUAUGUAAUCGCCUCGUAGAACGAAAUACAGUAUAGUCACGUUA